UCCCAAUUGCAUAAUAAGUCUAAAAGCUUUGAAAAAUCAAUUCACCAACUCCCUCUCUCCUAUAUAUCAACUUCCUACCCAACGCUUGAUCAUAAAAUAAGAACCAUUUUCUCCCUAAAAUCAAAAUUAAACCACAAAAAAAUAGAAAUGAGUCUUCCUCUAAUAAUUACCGUCUCAAUCAUCGCCAUCUUCUUAGCGAACACGCUUUACCAACGGCUAAGGUUCAAGCUCCCGCCAGGUCCACGAGCAUGGCCGGUGGUAGGGAACCUUUACGACAUAAAGCCUGUUAGGUUCCGGUGUUAUACGGAAUGGGCGCAGGCAUACGGUCCGAUUAUAUCAGUUUGGUUUGGUUCGACUUUGAACGUGAUCGUGUCGAAUUCGGAACUGGCUAGGGAAGUUUUAAAAGAACACGAUCAACAGUUGGCUGAUAGGCAUAGGAGCAGAUCAGCAGCAAAGUUUAGCAGAGAUGGACAGGACCUUAUUUGGGCUGAUUAUGGCCCUCAUUAUGUUAAGGUAAGGAAAGUGUGCACGCUGGAGCUUUUCUCUCCAAAGAGGCUUGAGGCUCUGAGACCUAUCAGAGAAGAUGAGGUGACUGCCAUGGUUGAAUCCAUCUUCAUCGACUGCACCAACCCUGAAAGCAAGGGUAAAAGUUUGCUAGUAAGGAAAUACUUGGGAGCGGUAGCAUUCAACAACAUAACAAGGCUAGCUUUUGGGAAGCGUUUUGUGAACUCUGAGGGCAUAAUGGACGAGCAAGGCCAAGAAUUCAAGGCCAUUGUGGCAAAUGGGCUUAAGCUUGGUGCAUCACUUGCCAUGGCUGAACACAUUCCAUGGCUUCGUUGGAUGUUUCCAUUGGAAGAGGAGUCAUUCGCCAAGCAUGGGGCACGGAGGGACCGUCUCACUAGGGCUAUCAUGGAAGAGCACACCCUUGCCCGCCAGAAGAGCGGCGGUGUCAAGCAGCAUUUUGUUGAUGCCUUGCUUACAUUGCAAGACAAGUAUGACCUUAGCGAGGACACUAUUAUUGGACUUCUUUGGGACAUGAUCACUGCAGGCAUGGACACAACAGCAAUCUCGGUCGAGUGGGCAAUGGCCGAGCUAAUUAGGAGUCCAAGAGUACAGCAAAAGGCACAAGAGGAGCUAGAUCGUGUGAUUGGAUUCGGACGGGUGAUGUCUGAAACUGAUUUCUCAAGUCUGCCUUACCUUCAAAGCGUAGCCAAGGAGGCACUAAGAUUGCAUCCACCAACUCCUCUAAUGCUGCCCCACCGUGCCAAUGCCAAUGUGAAAAUUGGUGGCUAUGACAUCCCCAAGGGAUCAAAUGUGCACGUUAACGUAUGGGCAGUAGCCCGUGAUCCGGCUGUGUGGAAGGACCCUGAAGAGUUCCGGCCAGAACGAUUCCUGGAGGAGGACGUGGAUAUGAAGGGUCAUGAUUUUCGAUUACUUCCAUUUGGUGCAGGGAGGAGGGUAUGUCCCGGUGCACAACUUGGGAUCAAUCUGGUCACAUCCAUGCUGGGUCACUUAUUGCACCAUUUUACUUGGACACCAGCCGAGGGAGUCAAGCCUGAGGAAAUUGACAUGUUUGAAAAUCCUGGACUGGUUGCUUACAUGCGGGCUCCAUUGCAGGCUAUGGCCAAUCCUAGGCUGCCUUCCCAUCUGUACUCACGUGUGGCUGUUGAUAUCUAAGUUUUCUCCUCAAUUUCUUCAUCUUGUUGUCCUUAAUAUGUUGGAUUUUGAACUCUUUUUACCAGUUCGGUUGUAUUAUCAAUUAUGUCUCGAGUGAUCUGUGAUUGGUUGGAUGAAGAGGACCAAAUAAAAACGCAACGACAUAAUCUUUUCACCCAAUCACAGAAUGCCAUAUUGUCUUUAUAUUUUUUACAAAAGAGAUGAUAGUACAGAGGAUAGGAGAUACUAAAAUUUGAAUCAAUACAAUACUUAUUGGAAGCUAUUUUUUAAAAAUAA